ACGCACGCGCACUUGUUCAAAGUAUGGCGGCGACUUCAAAGACGACGACGAAGUAAACAAAUGAAAACAUGGUUUGAUAUCUCGGUUUCUUUACAAUUUAAGAAGUUGAUGAUAUAGAACAUUGAGAAAAUAGUUCCAGCAUGGACAAUUACCAUGUCCUUGAAAUCAUCGGGGAAGGUUCAUUUGGGAAGGUAUACAAGGGAAGGAAAAAAUACAAGGCGCAGGUGGUGGCAUUAAAAUUUAUACCAAAAGUUGGCAAACCAGAAAAAGAGCUGAGAAAUCUACGACGAGAAAUAGACAUUAUGAGAGGGCUGCACCACACAAACAUUAUAGAGAUGUUGGACAGCUUUGAAACAGAUAAAGAGGUAGUUGUAGUAACAGACUAUGCGGAAGGAGAACUGUUCCAGAUUUUAGAGGAUGAUGGAAAUCUUCCUGAAGAACAAGUCAUGAUGAUAGCGUGUCAGCUGGUGUCCGCCCUGUACUACCUUCACUCACAUCGCAUCCUUCAUCGUGACAUGAAGCCACAGAAUAUUCUCCUUGGCAAGGGUGGGAUUAUAAAACUAUGUGACUUUGGAUUUGCUCGUGCCAUGAGCUUCAACACACUAGUACUCACGUCUAUUAAGGGUACACCUUUAUACAUGUCACCUGAACUGGUUGAAGAAAAACCAUAUGACCACACAGCAGAUCUCUGGGCAUUGGGUUGUAUCUUGUAUGAGCUGUUUACGGGAACACCACCGUUUUACACGAACAGUAUCUUCCAGUUGGUCAGUCUCAUCAUCAAAGAUCCGGUCAAGUGGCCAAAGAAUAUGACACCAGUUUUCAAGGACUUCCUGCAGGGUCUGCUCACCAAAAAUCCCAAAGUGAGGCUGUCCUGGCCUGACCUGCUGCAUCACCCCUUCGUGGCUGAUGGUGUUAAUGUACGAGAGGAAGACAUCAACUUGCCAAGCCCCUUCACACAGCCCCUCACCGCCUCUAUGCAGAUCAUGAAAGAGAAACAGGCCAAGGAGAAAGCACAUCCACCAGGCACAUCCAAAAUACUAGCCAAGGCCAAGCGUAAGGCUAUGGAGGAGGAGAAAAAGAAAGGAACAAGAGAGAUCCCAGGUGCAGAAAAGUACAAUAACAAUGGGAAGGAGGCUUGGGGUGAUAAACCCAAAAAGAAUGGGGAGGCGGAGGAGAAACCAGAACAGCCAGCCACUGGGAAUGGGGCUAAGACUGCCCCAACAGAGGGUGAACGGCCACCCUCGGAUACAGCUUGGGUCAAUACAGGGACGAGUAAGCGAGAUGAAGGUCUUGAGAUUGAGAACCUAAGUCCAACACCAAGGACUGAUCGGAUAAGUAAGGACUAUGAGAAGGAGUACCCUAGUAUAGAGAUUGAAGGGAGGCGUACUGUGAGACGCAGUCCAGACAGCAAGAAGGAAAAACGCAAGAACAUUGAGAAAGUCAAGCUAGAAGGGGAGGAUGUGGACAGUGAUGACGAGUGGCAGGGUCUAAUUGAUGCCACAGACCAGGAGGGAGAUCCAGAUGUGGCCAUGAAACUCCUCAAGGACCAGAAAUUCCACGGGAAGCUCAAGACAAGGAUUGGAAACAGCUCUAGUCAGGUCUUGGAUGGCAUGCUUGAGGGUGCAGCCAGACUCCGGACUGUCCUUCGUGUGGUCACUAACUUAGUGACAAUUAAGUGUGAGGUAAAAGUUAUUCUGGACUUUCUCAAGGCCUUGUCCAUUCCAAAACAAGUCUUGCAGCUGAUUACAGAAAUCCUGGAAAAGUCCAAAGUGAAACAGCAACCCUGGUGUCAGCAGAUUCUGAUGGACCUCGUGAUAGCCCUGAACGCCUACUUCGCCAGUGAGAUCAGCUGGUGUGAUAAACUAGAGAAGGAAGUGGUUCAGGAAUACUAUGACGCAAUGCUACAGUUUAUGUCCCUGUUUCCCAAGUUGGUGUGUUUACCUGCGGAUGAGGAUUUAAGACUGAGGGAGCAAGCGGUUCUGUGUGGAAUGUUUACAUGUGAGGUGAUGGAGAGAAACAAGUUACACCUAGCCAACCAGUACUUCUCACAGUUAGCCAGUAAACAUACUGCAGCCAUAGACGCUCUACUGGAAUGUACCAAACCAGACCCUCAGAUACUGAAAAAACUGACAGGCGCAAAUCUGGCGGAGGGUAACGGCGGAGCUGCCGCAGAGAGGAUGGACACUCUGAUACAGAUAGCAGUGACCACUUUGUCAGUCAUGGUCACUCUGCCCCUAACUCCUGAUGAAGGAGCAGAUGGCCGGAGAAAGGUAGCUCAUUACCUGGGCGACAAGUUGGCAUCCAAGGGUACAGAACAGCUAACUGAUGAGUUCUUAUUAUUGGCGCGACACCCAGCCCACUGUACAAAUGUCUUAAAGGUAAUCUAUGCAUGCUCACAAGUAUCGUCAGUGUUUUGUUCCUACAUCUCUAACCAGAUAAAACACAUGGAUUCCCUGAUGGGCGUUCUCAUGGGCAAGGUGGAAGUACAGGACAUGGAAAUAAACUCUGUGAUAGAGAUGAUUCUACACGUAUUCAGUACCAUUGUGAUACAGCUACAGACGAUGCCCCAAGUAUUGUCGGAGUCGGCCUCGGUCAUGGUGUCCAUCUUCCUCGAGUCUACCAUAGCUAGUCAUACUGCGGCAGCAGCUCUGUUGUUCAGUCAGAUGGUGUACUGCGGUAUCUCGGUAGAGGUACAACCAGAGGAAAUGUUACAAGCCUGUUUGUCUGUCUUCACAGACCUACAACAGAUCUGUGUGCGAUGUCCAUUUGACUAUGGUGUACUGGACGGACUUCUACUGCUUCUAUGUGAAAUGCUGGCCCAGGCAGAGGGCCCUGUAGCCCAGAUGUAUAUAGACACAGGUAUAUGGGGGACGCUGUGGCACAGAGUAGCCCAGGCCUUACAGGUGACGAACCCAGAAACAGACACCCCCAUCCACGACAUUGAAGAGGAGGGGGGACCAGUGUCCGGCUUCCAUCCCCCUGACUGGACCCUUGUGUCACCACAGGGUCUGAUGGCCGUCCUUCAGAUGUCAGUCACUGUCUUCACCAAGGAAACAAACCAGUGUAUCCCGAACCUUGCUGUACCAGACAGUAUCAUUCUACUGACGAUUGCACAUCUUCUUAAUAAAGACUUCCUCGCUGCUAUAGUUACCAGUUUUGAUACAGAAGGUAUACAGUUGGCCACUGACAUUAUCCUCCAGGUCACACAGCUGUGCUGUUUCCCAUUCGCAAUAGACCUACCAGAUGACCUCCUUACAGAAGUACAGAGCUGUCUAUUCUCCGUCAACAUGCUGCCACGGCUGUUACAUGCCUGUAAUAAGUAUUUGAAGCAAGGACAAAUGGAAAUGCCCCUUGGUCUUAUCGUACAUCUCGUCCUCAGCAGUGACGACUUCAUGGACAAGUUCAUCAAAUCUUUAAAGGACCUCAAGGCCCUGUCAUUCCUCAGUAAUUGUGUACAGCCGUCCAGUCAAGAGUCUGUUAUAUGUGAUGUUAUCUCCCUUUGUAAUCAUCUAGUCAGAUCAUCUAAAGAUAAUUACCAACUCGUCAAAUCUGUCUUCCAUGGCAGUAAGGGUGAUUAUGAACCCUUGUCUGCCUUACUACGUCACCGGUCAGGAACGGUCAAAUCCAGAACCUGCAGUCUGAUUGGUAACCUCAUGAAGCACCAUGGCCAGUUUUACGCUUUACUCAAACAGAGGGACAAGAUCCUUACUGGGUUGAUAGCUGCUCUUAAGGAUGAAGAUCCUCAUGUUCGCAAGGGAGCCAGUUAUGCCGUUGGAAAUGCUGCGUUCCACAAUGCCGACCUUUACGCCAAACUCCGGCCAGUUAUUCCAGUUCUCAUGGAUCUACUCAGAGACCCUGUAUCAAAAACCAAGGCCAAUGCAGCCAGUGUAUUUGGCAAUAUGAGUCUACAUUCUAAUACCCUGUGUUCCGAACUCAAAAAAGCCAAAGUUGUAUCACGUUUACUAGACUUGGCCUGUAAUGACCAACACCACAGUGUUCAGGUCAGUGCUAUCCUGGCCCUCCGAAGUCUCACUCGCAUGGACGACCUCAAAAAGGAAAUGGUAUCCCAGAAGGCAGUAGAGAAGUUAAACUCCAUCACCGUGGCUAACACUCCGCGUCCAGGAUCUGUAGCAUCCCGACCACCAAGUAUUAUGGGAGUUGGUGUCAGCUUCCAGAGUAGUUACGGUUCAAGUAGCUCUAACGUGUACAAUCAUAGCAGUAAACUCGUCAGAAUUCUACAGGGUCAUGGAUAGACUAUUAAUGUGUAUAAUAAGUAAACUCGUUAGAACUCUACAGAGACAUUCAUAGACUAUUGUGCACAAUUAAUAGACUCGUCAGAAUUCUACAGACGUGGAUAGACUAUUAAUGUGUAUAAUUAGUAAAAUCAUCAAAAUUCUACAGACAUGCAUAGACUAUUAAUGUGUAUAAUUAGUUAACUCGUUAGAAUUCUACAGACAUGGAUGGACUAUUAAUUGUAUUCGUACUAAAUAUAUUUAUUCAUCAAAAAAGACAUAUUAAUGAACUUAAAAAUAUUCAGAUUUCUGAUUUUCAUUUGGAAAAUCAAUUGUAUGGAUUGAUAUUUUUUUUUAUUUAUUACUCAAAUACGUUACUCACAAAUCCAAUUUAUGAUGCAAUAUUAACCGAUGACAUUCCAUAAACAUACAAUCAUUUCAGGUAUUAUGAAAUUAAAUUAGCAACUAUAUACAUUAUCACCAACUUAUAUAUCAUUUCAUUUAAACGUCAACCAUGUAGAUAACACUUUUUCAUGCAAAUGUCAUUUUUGUCAGUCAUGUUUUAACCAAAUUCAAUACUUUUGAGUUUCUGAAUACUAAUUAUGGACAUUAAUUACAAAAGAAAUAUUUCGAUGUGAUGAGGAUCUUAUAUUUAUGAUUUUCACAUUUUCUCUAAUUCUGGGUAUAAAUAACAAUGUGUUUUUUUUAUAUAUCAAAAACAUAAUUUGAAAUACUUAAUUAUUUCUGGGCUUAAUCACAUUUUAAGAAAUUGAUAAACAUUUACAUAUGAAUUUAUAUACAUUGUAUUACAAUUAUAAAACUCCAUCAAUCUGACUGAUUAGUCAGAACAUGAAACGUUUGCCUGGUCAAACAAGCUAUUAUAAAUAUUAUAUACAUAUAUAUGUACAUGUACAUGAUGUUGUUGAAAUCCAAGCUUAUAUUUGUAAUAUUGGUCUAAGAAUAACUGUAAACUAGAAC